GGCUUGAAUUUAUGUCUGUACUUAACUUUAUUGAGAUAAAUAAGGCGCCUGAAGAAGGUGGGGCUGGAGCGGAGAGGUGAGAGAUGAGGACGUGGUGGGCCCUCCUGGGCCGGCCUCCAAACUCCUGAUCCCAGGGGAUUGGGGGAGGAGAUCUCUGCUUCCUGCAACCAGCCAUGGAGUGCCCCCUUUCCGCAGAAGCUUCAGAGGAAGACCCCCAGCCGGUGCCUGCCUGUCAAAAGCAGGUUAGGCGACGAAGAAUCAUGGUAUACAGGCCUUCCCCUGAGGAGCAAGAGCCCCCCACCGUCUGCUGGAAACCCCUUGAGCAAGGCAGAGUGCCUCCCGUCCAGUGUGAGGAUGCAGACAGGUCACCCAGCAAGAGACAACGGCUGCAGCAGGGACCUCCGAGCCCAGUGGUGGAGAGCAAAGGGGAAGCGUGUGACAGAGUGGGGGAGACCCUGUGGCGUGUCGCAUCCCCUAUGGAGAAGGAGCAGCGGAAAGUGCUGGCUGUGGAUCUGGAGGACUUUUCCACAACUCAAGUGCCUGAAGCUCUGGAAGGGUGCUCACCUCUGCAAGGAUCACUUGCGUCCCUCUGUGCGAAUCCUCUCCAUUCAACCAAUAUGAAUGAAGCCGGAUCCUCCUGGCAGGCGAAGGGUCAAAGUAGCACCGUCUCCAGAUCGUCUCCGCCUAAGGGGCCUUCCACUUCCUGCCAGGAGCCUCAGGGGAGGCUGGCCCAUGCUUGCCAGAAGCCGUGGCCCCAGAGGCUGCCCCCCUCUCAAGGUCACGAGUCAGAGCGCCUGCAAGCCAAAAGGCAGCGUCUGCAGAAGGUGGCACCCCUGGCCAACGGCAGCGAGGGGGGGAAAGCGUCCGCCCUGGAGAAGGCCCGUCGGCAGAUCCUGGCCAUCAGCCUGGAAGACUGUUCCUCGAGCCAAGCGAGAGAUGACGGUGCUGGCAAGGAGCCACUGGAGACCUCACUGUCCCCCUGUAGCAGCCAUCAGGUGACUCUGCCUCACCCAACGCCUGCUCUCGACGUGGAAAAGCCCGCCCGUUCUGAUAAACACGAGAAGCAUCAUCGAACAGAUGCCGCUCCCGAAACGGCUGAACCUCUCUCCUCCUGGCCACCUUCAGUCUCCGCUCUCUUACGUCCAACUGUGGCCCCCCGUUUACGGCACUGGGGCCUGGUCCCCGUCUUCCAGAGCAUGCGGUCCAAGCUGGAGGCUUUUGCCGACAUCUUCCUUAGUCCGUCCAAGCCCUCCCUUCCGCCCACUGAGGGGACACCCUCCUUGCCACCGUGUCCACAAGAGACGGAGGACCGGGUGGCUGCGCAGCCAGGAACUCCGCGCCGAGGAGUCAACAUUGAAGUCAAAAUUGCAAUUUCAGAGCCACGUUCCCGGAAGAGGACUUGCCACCACGGAGAAGAGGAGGAGGAGGAGGAGGCAGGCAGCCCGGUGGUGAGCGGGCGGCCGCCGAUCCGCCAGUGGCGCCUGAACGAAGGAGAUCCGGCCCCCCAGCACCGCCUUGGACGCAGCUACUCCUGCCCCGAUUUCCCGGGGGCCCAUUCUUGGCAAGCCUCCCCCACGUCUCCUUCCCUCUCCGCGCAGCUGCGACAGCGCCGGCACACCGUGUGCAGCUUGGAGGUAUCCCGAGAGCUGGGCUGUCCCACCCUGCCCUGCCUACGCAAGGAGGUGUACCCCUUCAGUACACCGCCUGGGCGCCUCCUGAUUGGUCCUUCUGUGCACACUCCCCACUGUGAUGGUUCCUCCUACUCCUCCCCUGUGCCUUCCUGCUGCCUUGACUCCAGCCCAGGUCGCUCCAGGGACCUCUCCCCUCCUCCUGGUGGUGGACAGAGAGUACCCGGUGCCGGCCUGAAUGCGGCUGACUCGGAGGUGCUCACAUCAGAGCAGAUGAUGCUUUCGGAGUCCGAGAUGAAGAGUUCCCAAGAGAACACAGUAGGGAAGGUUUCCUGCAUAAGGAUCCGCAGGACGCCUGUCAGGCAGCAAGCAAACCUCACCCCCAUGGGGCUUCCCCGGCCUGUCAGGCUGAACAAGAAGGAGUUCAGCUUAGAGGAGAUCUACACCAACAAGAACUAUCGCACGCCCACGGAGAAGAGGUCAUUCGAGACGAUCUUUGAGGUGCCGCUGGAACGCAACGGGGCGCUCAUCUUCACCAGCCAACGCAAGCUGAAAAGAGCCAUGGAGUUCCGGGAGGGGGGCCUUCCCCGCAAGCCACGCAAAGCCCGUUCCCGAGGAGGACGCAGAACAGGGGGACGGAGGGCUCAGCCACAGCCGCCUGAAGUGGAGAAGAUGCUGCAGCAGAGGCUGGAAGAGCUGGAUGCCUUAUUUGAGGGAGAAGAAUGCUGAGCUGGAUGGAGCUUGCCAUCUGUAAA